AUGAUCCUGCUUUCUAUUUUGUACUCUUUCCAAGUAAUUAGAUUUUUCUUAUAAUCAUAGGGUCUACCUUUAGGACUAUUCCUCUCUUCUUUCCCUAUCAUAUUUAAGAAGUAUUUGACCUAUUCUGAGAUUGGUAUAAUGAUGAUGUGCACUGUUCCAUUCAGUUUUAAAAUCCUCUGGUCUCCAUUCGUUGAUUUAUACUACAUCAAGAGUAUUGGAAAGAGAAAAUCAUGGAUAGUUCCAUCACAAAUACUGAUAAGUAUGAUGCUAUUCUAUAUGAGUGGGUCAGUUGAGGAGAUGCUGAUCAACAAAGAGAUAUAUCUUGCGACUAGUCUAUUCACUGUUAUGAUAUUCAUUAUUACUUGUCAGGACAUAGCAGUUGAUAGUUGGGCUGUUGAGAUAUUAGAUGAUGAAAAUUCAACCUACGCCUCAACUUGCUAGUCUAUUGGCUAGAAAGUUGGCUCAUUGGGUUCUAGUUCAUUGUUUAUGGCUUUUAAUUCAGAAGAAUUUUGCAAUUAAUAUGUUUAUUCUAGUCCAUAAGAGAAACCACUAUUGACUAUAAGUAACUUCAUGUUGAUCUGGGCAUAUUUCUAAUUUGCAGUAUCUAUCUACAUACUGCUAUUUGUUAAUGAAAAUUAAAAAGCAAAAGUUGCAGACUAAGAGGCGAAAGGAGAGUAAAGUCAUAACUAAGAUGUUAGCUAUAGUUUAACCCAAACUUUUUCAGUAUUAAAAGAUCUCAUAUCAAAUUAAAACAUGAUAACAUUCACAUUAUUUUUCUUGGGUUACUUCGGGCAAAAAAAUGUAUUCUCAUUUGUUUAUAAGGCUUCUAUUGUUUGUGUUAUUAUUGUAAAUUUGGAAUUUUAACUUAUUUUAGUCAUCUUACUCAGUACUUUUUCUCUAGCCUCCUCUUUCUCAUCAAACUGCUUAUUUAAUGUGAAAUUCGCAAUUAUAUUUAAGAUUUGUGACAAGAGAAUUUCAGGUCUAUUCAUUACUUUAAUGGCUACAUUAUCUAAUCUCUCAUGGAAAAUUCAUCAAAUAUACAUUUUUGAAGUUGUUGAGUUAUUUGGUCUUUUUGGACCAUAGCUGGUCAUAACCGUUUUUGUCUUUGCUUUUGUUUAUAAAUUUAAAGAAAGAUUUUGCAGUUUAGAUAAUGAAAGCAAAGAAAGCUGGGCCGUAUCUGAAAGCGUUCUUAAAUCUAUGAAAAAUGAUUGA